AUGGGGGUCCAAGGUUUCCAGGAGUACAUCGAGAAGCACUGCCCGAGCGCCGUGGUGCCGGUGGAGCUGCAGAAGCUGGCCCGGGGGAGUCUGGUCGGCGGCGGCAGGCAGAGGCCGCCCCAGUCGCCGCUCCGGCUGCUGGUGGACGCGGAGAACUGCCUGCACCGGCUGUACGGCGGCUUCUACACGGACUGGGUCAGCGGCGGGCAGUGGAACCACAUGCUGGGCUACCUGGCCGCCCUGGCUAAAGCCUGCUUCACCGGCAACAUCGAGCUGCUGGUCUGCUUUAACGGAGCCCUGGAGAAAGGCCGCCUGCACGAGUGGGUCAAGCGGCAGGUGAACGAGCGGCAGACCGCCCAGCAGAUCAUCAGCCACGUCCAGAACCGCGGAACCCCGCCGCCCAAGGUCUGGUUCCUGCCCCCGGUCUGCAUGGCCCACUGCAUCCGCCUGGCGCUGCUCAGAUUCCGGAUAGGAGUUGUGCAGAGUAUCGAGGAUCAUCACCAGGAAGUGAUCGCCUUAUGUAGAGAGAACGGCUUCCACGGAUUGGUGGCGUACGACUCCGACUACGCCCUGUGCAACAUCCCGUACUACUUCAGCGCCCACGCCCUGAAACUCAGCCGCAACGGCAAGAGCCUCACCACCAGCCAGUACCUGAUGCACGAAGUCGCCAAGCAGCUCGACCUCAAUCCAAACCGCUUCGUCAUCUUCGCCUCGCUGUUAGGGAAUCACAUUUUGCCUGAUGAGGAUCUCGCGGCCUUUCACUGGAGUUCACUCGGCCCAGAGCAUCCUUUAGCGUCUCUGAAGGUUCGUGCUCACCAGCUCGUGCUUCCUCCGUGCGACGUCGUGAUCAGGGCUGUGGCGGAUUACGUCCGUAACCUGCCGGACAUCAACGACCUGGAAGCUAUCGCUAAAGAUAUAUUCAAACACUCCCAGUCCAGAACUGAUGAAAAACUGGGGCGUUUUAAGAAAGCAGUGGAGUAUUACUCAGCCGCCAGCAGACCCCUCCAGCCCUCUCCUUAUUCAGUCAGACCAAAGCGGCUCGGGGUUCCUGGAGCUGCACCACACUACAUCCACACGCCUCCGCAGAUACUGAACAUUCCUCAGCCCGCCAUCCAGCUGCAGUCUGGGGUCCAGCAGCAGAACUCCUCUGGAGCAGAUCCAGCAACUAAAGGGCUUUCUGAUCAGAACAGCUUCAGCAACAUUCCUCACGAAGGUAAACCUCACACUCCGCUGUACGAGAGAGCAUCGCCCAUCAACCCCGCCAACCCGGGCAGCCCCAACCACACUGAUCCAGCCUUCUUCAACACCUCCUCCUCAUCCUCAUCCUCCUCAGAGAACGAGGAGAACACCGGUCCUACUGCCAAUCAUAUAUGUGACCACAAGGGAUGGGACAAACAGAGAAAUCAGAUGGACAGCAUCGCAGAAGGAGAUGCAGGGGACCAAAAUAAAUCUGAGUCUGCUGUAGCGUCUGUGGGUCCGGGUCUCCACGGGCUCAACGCUCAGAUCCCGUCCCUGCUGUCGAUGCCGACCAGGAACCACAUGGACAUCACCACGCCUGCGCUGCCCCCGGUGGCUCCAGAGGUCCUGCGGGUCGCCGAGCACCGGCACAAGAAGGGCCUGAUGUACCCUUACAUUUACCACGUCCUCACCAAGGGUGAGAUAAAGUUAUGGGUCACUAUUGAAGACGAGGCUAAUAAGGAGCUGCCGGCGGCGGUGCAGCUGUACCGGCCGAUCCGACAGUACGUUUACGGGGUUCUGUUCAGUCUGGCCGAAGCCAAGAGGAGAGCAGAGAGACUCGCCAUGAGGAGGAAUCGCCUGCCUGAGUUUCAGCCUGUAAUAAUAAAGGAGUGGGCGGCGUAUAAGGGGAAAUCUCCUCACACUCCAGAGCUGGUGGAGGCUCUGCCGUUUAGAGAGUGGACCUGCCCCAACCUGAAGAAGCUCUGGCUGGGUAAAGCCGUGGAGGACAAGAACCGGCGCAUGAGGGCCUUCCUGGCCUGCAUGAGGUCCGAUACCCCCGCCAUGCUGAACCCUGCCAACGUGCCAACCACGCUCAUGGUGCUCUGCUGCGUCCUGCGGUUUAUGUUACAGUGGCCAGGAGUAAGAAUUUUGCGUCGUAAUGAACUUGACGCUUUCCUAGCUCAAGCACUUUCUCCUAAACUUUAUGAGCCCGACCAGCUGCAGGAACUGAAGAUUGAUAAUCUGGACCCUCGUGGAGUUCAGCUGGCGGCUCUGUUCAUGAGCGGGGUGGACAUGGCGCUGUUCGCUAACGACGUGUGCGGUCAGCCCAUUCCCUGGGAGCACUGCUGCCCCUGGAUGUAUUUUGACGGGAAGCUGCUGCAGAGUAAACUGAUCCGAGCCACUCGAGACAAAGCACCGCUCAUCGACCUCUGUGACGGUCAGAGCGAGCAGGUGGCUAAAGUGGAGAAGAUGCGGCAGAGUAUCCUGGAGGGUUUGAACUUCUCUCGGCCUCCUCACCCCCUCCCCUUCCCCCCACCGCCCCCCCAUGCCAUGCCCUUCUACCCCCCCAGCAACCCCUUCUACCCCCCUCCACCCUUACCCCCUCCGCCCGGCCGGGGCAGAGCCAUGCCUGCAGGACUUCAGCACAUCCCGUCUCACGGUGGGAAGCUGGAGAUAGCCGGUACUGUGGUGGGUCAGUGGGCGGGGGCUCGGCGAGGCAGGGGGCGGGGCUCCUUCCCCAUUCAGGUGGUGUCAGUCGGAGGACCAACCAGAGGACGACCAAGAGGCGUGAUCUCAACUCCUGUUAUCAGGACUUUUGGUCGAGGAGCCAAAUUUUACGGGAGAGGUUUCAAGAGUCAGGUAUCGUACCAGAGUAAGCCAGCGUACGCUGCGUCUGCCGGCGAGGCGGCGAAAGACCGGAAGAAGCCGAAGGUGGAGAGCAAAGCGUCUCCGGAGGCUCCGGCAGCGGCGGAGAACGGGCUGGAGGUCGGGGAGGCGGAGCAAGUGAACGGGAACAAAGUGGACGUCAGGGGUUCCCACCAACCGGAAAGUGCCUUUACCAACGACUCCAAAAUGUGCAAUAUUAAUCCUCACUUAAAUGCACUAAACUCGGCCGGCGAGCGGCGCAGAGACGACGCCGUGAGCGCCAACGCCAACGCCGCCGCCGCCGCUGUCUUACAAACAGAAGAGUAGAGCUAUUUUUAUAGAGAGGGUGAAGGAUGCCGGAAGGGUUCAGGGUUUUUGAGGAGAGUCUGGAUGGAAAGAUUGAAAGCGUAGAGUUGGUGAACGUUUUUUCCUCUCCGAAAUAUAAAAAUAAAAAAAAGCAGAGAAAAGCUUAAAAAGCUUAACUAACUUGAUGAUAAACUUGAGGACUUUUACUGUAUGAAAUUUUCAGAAAUUCCUCUUUCGACGUCAGCGAGUUAAAACCUGCGAGUAACGACGACAUUUCUCAGCGCGAACGCAACACACACUCAACUCAACACGAUAAAGAGAUUUAAAAACGACGUUUCUUAGAGGAAAAUAAUUAUAAUAACACCAGUAUAUAAGGAGUUAUAAUAUGGGUCUGCUCCCUCCUCACUGAUGAUAUACAGUAUAAUAAUAAUAUAUUAAUUAAUAUACACUAUAUUGGCAAAUAUAUUCACUCGCUCACCUGCAUUGCAAGGUUUGGAUGAAUUUGAGCCGAUCGGUCAUGUAAACCUCUCUUUAUUCCAUUACUGUUGUUCUAAUCUGAAGCUACACGAAGUUUGGAGGUCUGUAAUGUUGUAAACCAGGAAGGGUCCAUCCCCAAACUGUUCCCACAAAGAUAAAGGCAUGAAAAUGUCCAAAAUCUCUUGGUUUGCUGAAGCAUUAAAUGCUUCUUCACUGAAACUAAAAAGGCUCGAGCUCAACUCCUAAAAACAACAAAAAAAACACCACCACCACCACACCAUAAUACUAAUGAUCCCCCCUCAUCCAAACUUUUACACCUAGCACAAUGCACCACUGCUGUCAUUUCGAUUUAAGAUGAUCGGUCAUGUAAACCUCUCUCCAUUCCAUGAGUCUCUCUACACUGUUCUGUACUGUUCUUUACUCCACACCAUACUAAUGAUCCCCCCUCAUCCAAACUUUACACUCAGCACAAUACAGCCAGACAAGUACUGUUCUCUUUACAAAACUGCUGUCAUUCCCAGGCUCUUCCACUGUGUUAUAAUAUCACUGACAGUUGGCUGUGGAAUAUUUAGUAGUGAGUAGUAGUGGGUAAAUUUCACAACUGGACUUUUUGUUGCAUGACUGGGUGCUGCAUCCUACCCAUCACGGUACCACAGUGCUGGAGUUCACUGAGCUCCUGAGAGCCUGAGACCCAUCCUUUUACUAAUAGACUGUUUGUAGAAGCAGUCCCAGCAUGCCUUGCUGCUGCUUUUUAUGUUUUAUUAAACACCUGUGGACACGUAAGUGAUUGGAUUGAACACCUGAGUGAAUAUAUGUUUGGCAAUAUAGUGCAUAUAUAUAUAAAAAUAGACAUUUUUGAUUUUACAGAACAGAAUCUUCGUUCAGUAACUUCAGUAACUUUAUAGGUUGAGAUCUGUCUGUUAAGACUGUUCUAUCAGUACUUGGCACCACAUAUAUAUAUAUCUAUAUAUAUAUGAAUAAAUAUAUAUAUUUGCGCCAUUAUAAUUGAAUUUGUGUUGUGUCACAGUAAAUAUACAGCUUUUAUUUUGAAAUUUAGUUUGUUUAAGGUGAGCAAAACUCAUGACAAAAAAAAACAAGAAGGAGCAAAAUGAUAAAUUCACUGUGGGUGGUUUAGUCGUGCUUUAAAAAAAAUAAAAUGACGUAAAUAUACGUAAAUAUACUUGCAGCCUUAGGUUCUCUCCGUUUGAUCGGUGUCAUACUUUAGCAGUGUAAGAAACAUCGGGACAUCAAGAGACAUCAAGCAAGAAGCGAAAAUCGAUUCAUUUCUAUCUGAUCAAUAGAAAAUUAAUGAACGUUUUCGUCAGAAACCGCCACGUGACUUAUCGAUUUAUCCGUAUCCGUGUGGUUUCUUGAAUCAGUCGUAGAACAUUAUUAUUAAAGAACAUGAAUAAAACGACGGUUUCAGCAACUUUCAGCAACUCUGCAUGAUUCUCUUCACGAUGAAAAUCGAGCAAAAAUCAAAAAUCAAAAAAAGGUGUGUAAUUAUUAUUAUUAUGAUUAUUAUUAUUAUUAUUAUUACGAUGCAUGUUGUCCUUUUUCUUUCCAUCUCUACAAGUAAGUACUGUGCCCAUUUGCAAAAUCUUUGAAACAUGGCUAAUAAUCAGUAAUAAUAGUCCUUAUUAAAGGUGUUCUAACUGUUAGUCAGUAACUGAUUUGCUCUAACCUUUUGAAAUUCUUGUGAUUUAUCGACCUCUGUUGCAUUUUACUCAGAAAAACUCUGGAUUAAUAAUAAGAGAAAAUAAAGAGAAUAUAUCAGAUGUUAUCUAGCCACUUUAAAUAUUGUUAACCCUGGUGUACUACUCUUCCAUCUCCAUCCCUGUAUCUGUUCUUGCCCUUUGUUGCUGCUGUUUUUGUGCAUCUUCAUAAUUAUCGCAUAUAAAAAAGAAGAAAAGAAAACGCUUUGAUCUGUUUGAAUGCCACGCCCCCUUUUUCUCUCUCUCUCUUUUUUAAUUUUUUUUUUAUUUAUAUAAAGCCUUCCCAAAGUCCCAAAACUCUUUACGCAUUUCUUUCUUUUCAAUUUUAAAUGCUAAGAGACAAAAAAUCAUAUUUUACAUCAUAUUUUACAUUAUAAUUGAUCAAAUCUGAUUCUACAUCAUCCAAAUUUAUAUAAUUUAAUUCAAAAAUGCUUAAACAAACAAACAAUCAAAAACAAACGCGAUUUUCCUGCUUUUGUUUUGGCUGCUGCGCCUGCGCAGGUCUCCACAGCAAGCAGCAAGCUGAUUGGCUCUUUUUGCUUAAAAUGCAAAAAGACUUCAUCCAUAAAUGUUGAUAUUAAUAUUAGUAAUAAGAGUUCAGAGAAAUCCCAUUUUUACACAGAAGUAAUUUUCCUCAGUCUCCUCGUUAAUAAGGUCUCUAUGCCCGUACGUUCUAGAGUUUAGCGUUAAUAAGCACAGGUUAAGAACUUCGUAAUCGUUUUUUUCGGUGUUUUGCGUUUUCGUGUUUUUUUCCCGGAGCUGCUUCUACUUCUGAUUGAGAAUCAUUACUUACAAAAGUUUUCCAUCUAAUCCUCCUGAUUAAGCUUUUCGUCGCACAUUAGUGAUCAGAAAUAUGGUGUACUAUCCCCCCGCCCGCCAGACUAAAUAGGUUACCUUAAUGUAAGUUGAUGGGAGUUGUUUCCUAACUCACAGGGUGAAGCGGAUCGAUCUACUGUGGGGUUUUGAGUGACUGUGGAUGGAUUGUGGUGUGAUGUAUUAGAAGGAAAUUGAAUGCAACUUACAAUGCUUAAUAAAAGUCUUUAUUCUUUUAGUAUAA